AUGUGGUGUCAGAAUGGAAAGACAAGCUGCCAGACAUUAUCUGUAGAUAUGAUGCUUGUGACAUUUAUAAUAUGGACGAAACUGGCCUUUUCUUCCGGUCCUUACCUGACAAGUCAUUAUGUGUUCGAGGAGAGGAAUGCAAGGAAGGGAAGAAGUCAGAAGGACAGAAUCACAUUCGUUCUGUGUUGUAACCUAGAAGGCAACUUUGAGAAGCCUCUUAUCAUUGGAAAGUCCUUAAAUCCCCGUUGCUUCAAGAACAUUAGGCCUGCUCAACUUCCUGUUACCUGGCGUACAAACAAGAAAGCUUGGAUGACCGGUCAGUUAUUCAGGGAACGGGUAACAGAUUUGGACAGACGUAUGAGGCUCGCUCGUCGCCACAUCCUGUUAUUCUUGGACAACGCCCUCUCUCAUCCAAGUUUGAAGCUGACCAACAUCAAGCUUGUUUUCUUUCCUGUCAACACGACUUCUGUUCUUCAGCCUCUGGAUCAAGGCAUUAUUCAGACAGUGAAAGUUGUAAACUGUAAAAGGCUGUUCCGUUCUACCAUCGCACGUCUAGGUGAUGGAAAUCAUCCUCAGGAAGAGACCUUCGCGAAAGGAAUAACUAUUCUGGAUGCUAUACGAUUUGUGAGUGGUGUUGUCAAUGAUGUAAAGAAGGAGACUAUAGUGAAAUGUUUUGCGAAAGGUGGUAUCAGUGUUAGUGAUGUUGCUGUUGUUGAGACAGACUGCGACACCCCUCAAAUGUGUUGUAUUGUGUAA